AUGCCACCGCACAAGCACGGGACUACAAGUGUGGUCUUUGCCCAAGACGGAACAUGCAUCGUCACCAAGCUUGCAAAGUCCGACCACAAGGCCUUGUGGAACGACUUCAUGAUGCACUCUACCAUCGCCUAUCAUUUUGACGCCUACAGAUUUGGGGAGGUGAGGAUUCCAGCAUGUUACUUCCAUGUGCCCAAGGACGAUGCCGAGUUCUUUGCGAAAUAUCCAACCCUUGUCAAGGCAGCCGAGCCAGUCUGCAACCUCCCAACAACCCCCCUCGUCACCGAACGCAUCCUGCCUCUCACUGCCCCUAUCCGGGAGUUGCUUAUCUCCCUGUACUGUGCGCCCCGGAUCAAGGCACAGGCUUUCGCCGAUCCGGCCAACAAGGACUGCCUUGUCAGGGUCUACCUCGGCUCCUCGCAAGGGAAAAGCGGCGGCAUGGCUGCAGUUGGUCUUGACGUCGAAGGGUUGGCCCGUAGGAUGGCCAAAGCCUUGGCACUGAUGCACUGGGCUGCGAUGACCGACGCCCGCGAUGUCGAAUUUGUUCUGGGCAGCUCGUCGAAAAAGAAAGUUGCCAGCCUCAAGGAGCUCCGGAUGCUCAAGACAGGGUCGUAUACCGGCCCACCAUCACGCAAGGUUGGUGCUGAGGACUUCUUCCACCGCAUCACGGAGCUCUGGGUCCUAGACUUCAACCAGGUGAAGACCAUCACCCUGGACAAGGCCGGUGUCGAUCAGGCUGUCGAGGCCGUGAAGAUAAAUGACCCCUAUCUGUCAAAGCCACUCCAGAAGGGGCGGCUCGAGAAGAGCCUCUGGAACGCCUUUGUCACUACAUACCUCUGCACCUCAGAGGAUAUCAUCAAGCAGGAGGAACACGGUACCGAGGCCCUUCAGUUGCCAUCCAUGUUUAUCAGCAGUCUUAUCGAGAUGGAGAAGAAAAGGAGACAGGAGGCCGCAGAGGCUGGAGCUCGGGCGCAGGGAGAGUUCAUUGUCUAG